AUGGAUAUGCCGACCAAGAAAACCAGAGGCAGACAAAGGAUAGAGAUGAAGAAACUAGAUGGUAGCAAGCAGCAAGUCACCUUCUCGAAGCGCCGCACCGGCCUCUUCAAAAAAGCGGGUGAGCUUUGUGUUUUGUGCGGCGCUGAAGUCGCCAUCAUUGUGUUCUCGGAGAAGAAAAAGAAGCCGUUUUGCUUUGGCCACCCCGAUGUUGAAGCCGUCCUUAACCGCUAUCUCGGCAAUGGAAACACCUUCCCACAGCCGUUCAAAAAGUAUGUGCCUGUGGAUGAGUUCAGCAGGCAGUAUGCUGAGGCUCAGAAGGAGUUGCAAAUAGAGAAAAAGCGUGUGGCCGUGAUUGAGGAGGAGAAGAAGAAGAAUGCGGCCGGGAACGAAGAAUUAGGGUUUUGGUGGGAUGCGCCGCUGGAUGAGAACAUGGGUUUGGAGGAGUUGCAGCACUAUACGAGGGCGUUGCAGGAGGUGCGGAGGAAAGUGGCGGCAAGGGUGGAAGAGAUGAUGAUGAUGAGGAUUUGUUCUUUGGUGUCUCCAAUGGAAUCAGGCGUGGGUGUGGGGGAUCAUGUGGGGUUGGGGAAUGAGUUUGUUAAUCAGAAUUUGGAGGGUGGUAAUGGUGAUAUUGGUGGUGGUUUUUCUGGUAGCCAUGGUAAUUUUGGUGUUGAGCACGGACAGUUUUGA